AUGUUAUCACUGCUGUUAAUCAAGCCAAAGCAAAUCACUAAAUCACGAAAAUAUGUUUUCAAUAUUGCGGAUGAACGUAGCGUAUUUACGUUCAACUACACUGAACUAAUCCUCACCACAGUAAAACCAGCAUCCAUUCAACAGUUGUUUAACUCCAACACUGCAUGUGUACGCAUCGUGUUAUUUUUGGUGUAUAGAGUGGAAAUAGGGGAAGAGAGGGAAGCGAUAGAUCAGAAAAUAACGCAGGAAAAUGACUUUGUUUAGUAUGAAUCUCUCAAGCAACAUUGCCAGAAUAAUUACGUUUUAAUUUCCAGCCUUCCGAUCUGGAUAAUUUUCCAACCAUAAGCACUACAUGUUUUGCGGCAAAAAGAAGGCACCGUCCGUAAUUCCCACAGAUCCGCAUAUUUCCGAUGUCUCAGACGACGAUUUCAGUGACGGAGAAAAUAUUUCCCAAACAAAUGAGCUUAACGAUGAAGAAGAAGUGCCUUCAGGACUUGACAACAUUGCAGUUCCCAUUCAGUAAU